AUGCCCUCGUCGUCAGAGAUGAACAGAUACUGGAUUCCCAGGUUGGACAUCCACAAAAAGAUCAUCACCCAAGAGCUUCCAUACUACCUUGGUCCGGAUGCGACGGUCAGACCGUACACAAACGAGGGAGAGGAUGGUUUCCUCAUCACUACCCCAGGCCCCUGCCUAACAGAUGAACAAAUCGACGAUAUCUGCAGGAAAUCCAAAGAAAUGUGGGAGCGACAAGCCGCGAUUAGGGCUCAGGAGGCCGACAAGCCUCUCAAGAGACCGCUGCACCAGCCGGUGGUCAUAUCCAGAGGGUCGAACGACUCGUCACGAAGGAGACACGAUGCACACCGCAGCCACGAGCGGCAUCGACGUUACGAUGAUAGGCGACGUGAAUGA